GCUCGAAUAAUCCUUGACCUAUCCCUUCAAAAUCCUUAUCUUUCUUCGUUUUCUCUGUAUAGAGAUACCGUAAAAUUUUUCUCCUAUUUUCGCGGCGAGAAGAAACCCUAGAAACGGCUGCUUGCAGAUCGGCUGCCAUGGCGUGUGUUGCAGAAUACCCUCUUCACAAUUUACUCGAGGAGCAUCCAAAGAAACGACGUAAGCUAACUUCGUCAUGGGAUGUGCUUCCCUCUGGUCAAAAGGCGCAGAAUAUACUCAAUCUUUUUGGGCAAACUAUUUCAAACAUCGAAAGGGAUACAAAUGGGACUUCUGCCUUAUCGGGGGCAGAGCCCUCAGAGCAUAGUGGUUCUGCUACAUCAUCUCAAGCAUCAAGUGCCGAUGUACCAUAUCGGCAUAUCUCUCCUCCAUGGCGCAAUGAUGACAAGGAGGGCCAUUAUCAGUUUGCUCUCGGAGACAACUUGACCUCUCGAUAUAAGAUUCUGAGUAAAAUGGGUGAAGGCACCUUUGGACAGGUCUUGGAAUGUUGGGACAGAAAAUCAAUGGAUCAUGUAGCCAUUAAAGUUACCCGCGGGUUACAGAAGUAUCGAGAGGAAGCACUAAUUGAAAUUGAUGUUCUUCGUGAAGUUGGAAAGUAUGAUAAAAGUGGCAAACGUUGCGUGCAAAUGCGGGAGUGGUUUGACUAUAGGAACCACACUUGUAUCGUAUUUGAAAAGCUUGGACCAAGCCUAUACGAUUAUCUACAGAAAAACAGCUUUCGACCAUUUCCCAUUGAUCUUGUCCGUGAGAUUGGAAGACAGCUUCUGGAGUCAGUAGCAUAUAUGCAUGAUCUGAAACUUGUCCAUACGGAUUUAAAGCCUGAAAAUACACUUUUUGUUUCUUCAGACUUUAUCAAGGUGCCUGAUUACAAGAAGGGCACAAAGAGAUCAGCAGAAGACAACCUAAUGAGGCUACCAAAGUCAGGUGCAAUAAAGUUGAUUGAUUUUGGAAGCACUGUAUUUGAAGAUCAAGAUCACACGUCGGUGAUCUCAACCAGGCACUAUCGAGCACCCGAGGUUAUUCUGGGUCUUGGGUGGAAUUAUCCUUGUGAUAUUUGGAGUGUAGGAUGCAUGCUUGUGGAGCUGUGCACGGGAGAGACUUUGUUUCAAACCCAUGAAAACUUGGAACAUCUUGCCAUGAUGGAAAGGGUGUUGGGGCCGUUGCCUAGGCAUAUGUUAAAGAAAGCAGAUAGCAGAUCUGCCAAAUAUUUUAGACAUGGAACACGAUUGGACUGGCCAGAAGCAGCAGCUUCAAGGGAUAGCAUUCGAGCAGUAAGGAAGUUGCAGAAGCUUGGGAAUUUGAUCAUGCAACAAGUUGAUCACUCGGCUGGUCUCCUUAUUGACUUGCUGAAAAACCUUCUCAAAUUUGAACCUUCAGAGAGGCUGACAGCUCGGGAAGCUUUGAGACAUCCUUUCUUUGGAAAAAGUUCAAGGAAAGAUAAUGGUUUAUGCAGCAGCCUACAGUGAGCCAGUCCUAAUAAAUUCCUGGAAGCGAGAUUAUCCUAAUCUUUAUCAAUGACAGCUAGAGAAAGCUUUGAGACAUCUGUUUUUUGGAAAAAGUUUCCAAAGGAAAGAAAAUGGUUCAUGCAGCCUACAUUGAAUUCCAAGUAGCGAGAUUACUCUAAAUCUUUAUCAAUGCCUGCCGCUUUUGGAACUUUAGAAUGGUUUUCUAUUGCUUUUCAAAUGGAUGCUUUAUACUUUGAUUUGGCUUGCCAUUGAUUCUUUGUAAGCAAAUACCAUGAGGGCAUUGAACUUUGAACAGCACGGAAAGCACGGGCUAGCCAUAAAGUUUAAUUGCAAGGAAGCUCACUGAAAAUGAGAUUGCCGGGCUUUGCAUACAGAGCAAUGGCCAGUUCUGUUGAAAGAGGAAUGACCAUUCCUUGUAGUGGCUGUUCAGAUUGCCAUGAAUUUGGGGCUGGGAGAUUGCCAGUUGCAUGCCAAAGAAGGGCUAGUGAAGUUGGACGUCACCAAAAAAUGCGAUAGCUCACUGAAAAUGAGAUUGCCGGGCUUUGCAUACAGAGCAAUGGCCAGUUCUGUUGAAAGAGGAAUGACCAUUCCUUGUAGUGGCUGUUCAGAUUGCCAUGAAUUUGGGGCUGGGAGAUUGCCAGUUGCAUGCCAAAGAAGGGCUAGUGAAGUUGGACGUCACCGAAAAAUGCGAUUUUGUCCAAGAGAUGACCUGAUGUCUCACUGACAGUGGUUGUUCAAGCUUGAAUCAUCUUGUUGUAAGAAAUGUAUAAAACCAUUCUUUUGCCUUGGUUGUUGAAAGCCAUAUUGUAAGAAAUGUAUAUACCAUUCUUUUUGCCUUGCGGCACA